CAAUAUAAAUAGCCGCGAAAAAAAAUCUCAUUACUUUGAAUUCUAAUUUGUACAUGAGUUUGAAUUACUCGCUUGUAAAAUCAUGAAACGUCUGUUGAUUCAACUUUUACUGACUGCUUUGUCAGCCAAUUUGGCAAUUGGACAGGAACUAAUGAUAAAAUUUGAUAAAUUAACAGCCAAUAAUAUGGCAAACAAUCCAUUCACUGGUGAUUGGUCCUGCGAAAUAUCUAGUCCAGGAGACAUAGGAUCUUGUAAAAUUCCAUUAAAAAAAGAUCUGCCUGACACUAUGAGGUUGAAAGGAAAUAUUGACUUUGAGGGAUCGUCCGUUGCAGAGUUUGAUGUAACUAUCUGCGAAGCAUUGGAAAAUGAAGAAUUCGCAAACGAUAUUCUAAGCCAUGGAAUACCAAAAGGCCAAUUCCCUACACAGUGUCCAGCUAUAGCAGGCAUGGAUUUUGAAAUAAGCAAAUAUAAAUUUCCAAAAGAAAAAUUACCACCGGGUGGUGUACCAGACGGUGACUUUUCUGGUGAGAUUCAUAUGUUUGAACCAAGCAAAGAUCCUUACGGUACCGUACGCUUCGAAGGGAAAGUGUUUCACGAAUUACCCGAAUUACCCAAACAUCCUGGAUUGGGACGUUAGUUAUAAAUUAACUUUGAUUUUGAUUUCGGUUUUUGACGAUAUCUACAUAGCAAUGAUUAUAUGAUUCUUUAGUAGUAUUUGUAGUGUUUUUAUAAAAAUAAUUAUUAUAAUGAUAAUACUUGCUUAUAUAGUUAAAUAAAUUAGUUAUGCAUUAAA